AUGCAGCAACUUGUGAAGCUAAUGAAAGAUUUAGUAGAUUUUCAAGUACAGCAGAAAACUUGUGCCAAAUUACCACCGGAUUUGGCUGACUUUUUGAAAUGGCUUACAUCUCCGUCGAAUUCUGAUGAUUCCAAUUAUAACCAAUUCAACACAGUCCAAGAUGAAUUUAUAACGAGCAAUGAUAAUUAUCUUAAAAGCCCAGAUAUUGCACCAAAUUUUAAUAUACUUGCUGCAAAUGAAAUAAAAGAAGAUCCCAGAUCAGAAUGUCUUGCCACUCUACAUGCAGUACAGGAUCUUUUGAACCAGUACGAAGAUUUGAGUGAUGAAGAUAAGAUGCCAACGUUUUACGGAAAAAGAAGCGUGUCAGUUCGUGACAAACGUAAUCUCACCCAAAAGAAGGACCGCAAUAAAACACGAGCACAAAAUAGACAAAUGCUUUCGAAAAAUAGAAUCACCAAAUUUGUAAGGAAAUCAGGCAUCAAGCACACGAAAACAACUGCUAGUAGCAUCGAAGCUAUUAAUACUAGUGAAGGUGUAAGAAGAAAAAAGAAUAUUAGCAAUGACGCGGUCAAUACCACUGAUGUUAAAGCAAGCGUUCUCAAUCAUGGAGCCAAAAGUUCAUCGAAAAGCAAUAAACCACAAUCAAGAACUUGA